AUAAUUAAUGGAUGGAAAUACAUUUCAUUUCUCUUGGAAACUACUCAAAUCACCAUUUUUAUCCAAUGCCCAUGGCUUCCUCUCCCAAAAUCAUCAAUCUCCCUUACAAGAAGCUUUCUUUAGAAGAUGAUGUCUUCGGAGAAACAACAAGGAGAUCGUCAUCAUAUCCUUACAGGUUCAAGAGAGUGGUGUCGUUGGGAGGAAGAAGGAGGAUUAGGGUUAGAGUUAAGAUCCGGAGACUUGCGAGAUUUGUGAGGAAGAAAGCGACUAGGGUUAAAAUUGGAAUAUUAAAAAUAUUGAAGAGGUUGAAGGAGAGUCAAUCACACUUUGGUGAUCUCUUUGCCGGUAAUUACCUUUUCAUGCAAGUUAAUCCUUCUUCUCUUAACAAUAAGUACGUCUUCGACAGAUCUUUUCAAGGUCAAAAUGGUAACUGCCCUUAUAAAUUAUCUCUUCCUAGAUCUUUUAUGUAAAGACGGAUGAAAAUAUUAAACACAAUUAUAUAAUUCGAUUUCGUGUAAAGAGACUAUAGUUAUGAUUCUGUAUUUUCUCUAGUUACAUUUUGAUUUUGCGUCUUGUUUGUAACUUUUUCGCGAAAAUUUAUAAAAUAAAUAAUAUAUUG